GUCAAGGCAUGAACCUCCCGUCACCAGGCACAGAUUCGUCUCACCCUAAUACUUACUGCACAGUGUGACCGUCAACUUCCCAAAUGUUCGCGAUGUCUCAGAAUCGGCCACGACUGUCAGUAUCCGGUGCGCAACCCUGUCAGGACUUAUAUCAAGUGAGUCGAUACUCAUGAACAUCGGGCUGCCGUCGCGUUGACUGUUGCUGGCAGCUGUGUCAUGGAGCUGGAAGCUGAGAUCGCGCGACUGGAACAGGAAUUGAGAGAAGCAGAAAAUUGUACGUGUACUACCUCCUCCAUCAUCAUCACUAACAGGGCACAGUGCCUUCUGGAGCCCCGGUACAGGAUGAAACCACGGGUCCAACAGACGAGGCGGUUGUGAUGGAACUGCUCACCGGCAAUCCUUCGCCACUCUCAGUGCACUCGGAGAGUUUGAUAGAAAACCUGUUUUCCUCAACGGACGCAAAAGAGAAAGAUUCUGUGCAGUCCCUGAUUGACGACAUUGGACAAGCGUCCCUCUCCGCCAUAGUCGUGCCCGAGACAUCGUCAUCUCACGACUUUUACCUUCGACCUUUGAUAUCGAAUGCUACUCUUCCUGUCAACCCAGCUUCCCUAAAAGCCAUUCCCAAGCCGCUUCACCUACCACAAAAAAGCAUUGCUGAAAAGGUCUUUUUCAAAUACCGCCAGAGUGUUCUGCCUGAUCUUCCCUUCAUGACCGAAGACUCCGUCUAUCAGCACUUGCAAGCAACCUACCAGCCAACGGCGCCUUCUUACUCCUUAUUCGUGACAGCACUCAUGCUGGCUACCACAGCCGUCCAUCUCUCACCGGGCUCUGUGGAGAGAGCAUCCAGCCUCCACCGGACGGCUGUUCUACACUUGGAGACAGCAUUCUCAUCGGCAGCCGAACCUCAGCCCCUGCGUGAUCUGGAAGCCUCGAUAGGGUUGGCAUAUUACGCUGCAUUGACCGGCGACGACUACUCGGAUCCAUGGGCUCUCAGCGGCAUUGCAAUGCGUGUCUGCGUCGAUCUGGGUCUGCAUAAAUUCGCCGACACCAACCAGAAACGGCGGCUUUUCUGGUCUGCAUUUGCUCUGGACAGAAAGAUGGCCGUGGCUCGCAGUCUUCCUUUGGGUCUUCCUGACAAGACAAUCUCCGCCGAUGUGAGUUGCUGCUUGGUCGCUGCUCCUUUGAGAGUCUACUGACUCUCAGCUCGAUAGUUUCCUUCCUCAAUUUCUUACCCCUUCAAACUAUAUAUAUCUUUAUCGGAGAUAUACGCCAUGCAGAGGAAUCCAGACAUUGAGCGAUGCCGCGAUAUUCGCAUCCAGCUGGACGACUGCGUGCAAUCUUAUCGAUUGCAGAGGCCACUCUCGCACCAUCUUGAACGCGAUGUCGAACUUACCACGAGGUUGUUGGCUCAGUUGACAGAGGGGAACGUGAUAUCUCAAGCAAAUAGCACAAGUUUCCCUAGUCAUUGAACUAAGUUACGAAACGUCUCACCCAGCCUGAACGUAGACCAAUGUCUAGUCGAGCCGUCUAGAGCGUGCCUUGUACUGUAGUCUACCUCGU